AUGCCGAACCCGAACGACCCCCCCAAGGACUACGAGUCACCACGCUUCCCGUCGCUCAACGUGCACACGCUCACGGACCCGACAUCGAAGCGCAUCUACACACUCUACUACAUCCGUGACGUCUGGCACUUCACCGUACUAUGGACCCUCAUCGCCUACGCCAUCUUUCACCUAGGCGCCGUUCUCGUCGCCAUGUCGACGCACCGCUGGAAGCAGUCGUCGUGGCGCUUCCUCUGGGCUGUGCCCGUCGUCUAUCUCGUCACGGCCGCCCUGGAGGCGCUUCUGGCAGGUAGCAUCGUUGGCGUCAUGCUUGGCGCCGUCUACCAGGCAGGUUACUACGAGAUGAAUACGUGGAUCCCGUGCUCUUGGGGUUUCAUCAACGUCCUCAUCCUCAUCAUCUCCUCCUUUUCUAUCCAAGGCGGCCUAUGA